CUGCUCGACCCCGUCUCACCCGACCAUAGCGUAGCAGAGACUUGCGCGACACCGACGACGCCCUCUACCACCGUGAAAUCCACUUCUGCGCCGUGCGACAACGUUGGAACCGCCAUCCAUCAGCGAACGCCGAGCUUGGCGGCUGCCAACCGAGGGCUGCGUCACCAGCUGCACCCGCCCACUUUAACGGCCAACGUUCAAUCUCAAGUCCACUGCGAUUGCAGACGAACGGCGCCGGCGUCGCAUAGCCCACGACUGACCUGUCCUGCUCGGAAUGGCCUCCUCAUAGCGCUGGACGCAGAGCCCGUCUCCCACCGCACCGACAGGUAUCAGCUCGCCGAUAGGCACCGUCCACGUCUACAGCCCGCCCGCCGUAGCCUGUGGCCAUGUCAGGACUACAGCCAGACCUAUACGCUCUGCUCGAAGGCUCGUUCACCGGCCCACGGAAGCUCCCCGCGCGCAGACACGUCUCGCGCCGCAGCGACAGCUACCGCCAGUACUUGCCUGCAUCCACUCCCCUCCAGCUCCAGCAAGACGACUCGCAGUCGGACGAUGAUACGGAGCCGUUCGUUAGCAGUAGUCAGCAGUCUACACCGCUUGCAUCGCCCGGCAUCCUGAACGGCGCAGACAACAACGGUCUGCCGCCGACGCCGCCAAGUACCUCUCGCGACGGACCAGCCGCCAUGUCUCUCGAACCGCCGCCCAAUCGGAACAGCGUCGUGGGCUCAAUCGCGUCCCAGCAGUCAGCGCUCAGCACACCCGUCAACGCACGCAGUCCGCCCACUCCCGACCCAAGCCCGCCACGAACUGCCGGCUCGAACAGCACUGCCAAAUCGAACAACCUCUCUGUCGAACGCCCACCGCUAUUUGCAUACCCAUCGUCGAGGGCCGAGUCCUUCACUACAGCAAGAGAAGACUUGUCAUCUGAGCCUAGCAACAGUCGAUCAGCGACCCCAGUCAUCGAACGGCUGAGCACCGUUGAGGAAGACCGAGGCUUGGGACUGGCCUUCGAACAGGACGACAACGACGUCACGCCAACAGAAAGGCCGCGGCUGUUCUACCCAAGCCCUAGUGCCGAAGCUCCCAAGCUCGAAGAAGCGGAUACCAUGGCCGGUGCCGAGGAGGAUGUGGAGUUUCCUGUAGUGGACGAACUGGCAGAUCGCGAGUGGAACACAGAAUUGAUGAGGAACGUGACAGUCCGCAGGAAACGCAAGCCCGAUUCGUCGCCGCAAAUAGUCUCAGAGCCCGUCGGCACAGCAGCAGGCGCAACUUCGCCAGCCACGAGCACGAGGUCGCGGCGUAGCUCUGGUCUACGCGAGCGCGUGGAAGCAAGCAGCAACAGCCCACGUGGUCCUUCGAUCGAAAACUUCGCGCAGUCGAUUGGCUGGCCAGCUGAUGUCCAUCGUACACCUGACGAUUCCCACCUCGACACCAAGAGCAAGCGCAUGUCUACAGCCUCUGUAGCUUCAACGGUCGUUGCAGCCGUGGUCAUUACCACUCCUCCACAGCGGCAACGAACACUUCGCCACUCAGGCAGGAACAUGGCCCUACGAAGAGACUCAGACUCCCCACUAAGCCGUGUGGCCACCUCUCAUUCAAAUCGCAACUCAAUCGUGUCUGAGGACGUUCCACUGCACAGACUGGUGCACAAGAAAGCCAAUCUUGCAGACAGGAACAAGCGCCUCAGCACUGAUUCAGAGACUCUGGGGGCUUUGAGCACCGUGAGCGCUGCUCCUCGCAAUGCCUCGCCUUUCUCCGUGCGCAGCAGCAGAACCAUUGACAGCUCUGCGUACACUCUCGCCCAUCAAGAGUCCGUCCGUAGGAUUCUGCAGCCUGCAGCUGACAUUCUCAGCAGGUCGAAUUCGCAGAGACAACCGGACAGAAGCCCUCGCGUGCGCAUAUCCUCGGCGCCGGAAUCUGCAAGACAAGCGACUGCACUUGCUAGAGCCAGAGGCUUCGUGGAAGUUUCUCCUCCACAAAGCCCACAACGUAUCGCCGGGUUUGCCAGCCGCUCACCUGUGGUGUCAUCACAGCUCCCAUACACAUCCCCCACACCGGUAGGCAGCGAGCAUCGACGAGCUGUCUCAGACUCCAGUCGCCCUGGAGAUCUCAACAAGCCAUUACCUCGCAACCCGAUGGAGCAUGUUCUCGAAUCUGCACAGCGUAAGCUCAGUGUGUACGAUGACGAGACUGAGGACAAGGCCCCGCCGCCUGCGCUUCUGGAUCGCGUGCGCCUGCUUGUGGCUGAACGUGAGGCUCAAGACGAGGUGGUACCUACACCGACGGUUGAUCAGACGCCAGCUACGCCUGCACCUCAACAGUCAAUGCCAUCACCCAGCCAACUGUCACCUCUAGUGCGCAGGGGCUCCCGGUCGUCGAGAGGAAAGUCGGAAGAGCGACGACGAAGCUCGCACAGCCAGGAUCGCACUUCGCCACUUCAAGAUUCACAUGUUGGUCAGAACUUCGAUCGAACAUCGCCCGAGGAUUUUUCUCGCCGCAGCUACGAUUGGCACAGGAGAACGUCUGAUGAGCAUCGCCGCAUCAGCUUUGAUAGGUCAACUGGGCGAACCGAAGAGCAUGCGAAUGCUCGACACCUUUACUCGCAAUCGACACCAUUUUCACAGUUCUCUGAUACGCCUAUCGAGGUGAGCGAGGCCACUGCGGUCAACAUCUACCCGCACAACAACAACUCGCUUCUUGUGGUGCAGCAACCUUCCCGCGUGAACUCCCUGAUGCCUGAGCCAAGGCAGUUGACCGAUGGAGCCUACUUCGGUCCUCAAGAUGACGUUGAACUGCGUCAAGAGCUGCUGCGAACGCCAACACCGCCCUUUGUCGAUGCCAUGGAAGGUCAUCAGGACUCGCCCCAGGUGCCAACCCAGCCAACGCUUACAUUCGAGCCGUCUACACCUCCGAUGCAAAUUGAUCUACCGCAGCCUGAUGGUGUCGACUCUCCUUUGAAGAAUCCCCGGUCUGCCCCAGAGCCUCCGAAGAUCAUGUUCAUACCACCCACCCCUGCUGAAGAGCUUGAGCGCCCACUCGAAGUCGGUCCGCCUGGUCCACCCAAACGCUCUGACUCGCACCCACAACGUCGCCUCUCGCUGGUCCAGCGUGCCCGUCGCUACUCUGACAACUUCAUCUCGCCAUUCUUGGCUCGAGCCUCAAGCAACCGCGGCCGUUACUAUAGCGAGUCGCAUACGCGAUCUCAAUCCUCUCACCGCAACCCAGAUAUUCCCACAGUGAACGAUGAGGAUGGGACCCUUCACCCUUUCUGGAGGCCGCGCGGCUUCUGGGAUGGGUUCGAGGAUAGUGAAUCGGAUGAUGAAGACAACGUCCUGCCGUAUGGAGGUGACACCAGUGACGUUGAAGAUCCUGAGCCAGAGCCAUACCCAAGGCGAAGGAACACUCUGCGCAAAAGACUGACAAACGGAUUCCAAGGUUCCGGGGGCUUUCUGAUCGGCAACUCACUUGGCGUGGAAAGGCACGGCACUAACCGACGGCGCCACCACGUUACGUUACCACCACACUUCCCUUCCAGCCCCAAGACGUCACAACACACAUCGUCGCCUAGGAUCCUGAUUCAGUCAACUACACAGCCGCUCCGACCUCAGAAUAGUGGAGUCCGCAAGAGCGCGUCAAGAUCCAGUCUCCGCUUCUCUACCUCCUUCGAGCGACCGCCGAGGCGUCAGUCUUGGCGAAAGGUCAAGAGCAUACCUGGCCUCAAAGGGUACCAAGUUCAGUACAUUGGUGUGAGCGGUAUCAAGGACCGCCUCAAGGAGCGCACAGCGGAGAAGAGGAGAGACAAAAUCCGCAAGAGCAUUGGAUCACGGUACUACGUGGAGCCGAAUGGUCCGAUGAGUAUCCACUGAGCCUUCGCCCGCGCUUUUCGUGGCGUCAUGCACACUUUCAGGCCAGCACCACCCCCAGGGCCCGACCGUAGGCUUGGGUCAGGCCAUGCUUCUCGAAGCCGUAUUGACCGGAGCUGACACCCGCCCUCUCUUACCUCCGAUGCCCUCGUGUUGAGCACGUUCGAGCUCGGACGCUCUUCCCCAUGUUUCGCAACCUACUUUCCCAGCGCUUUAUACCAUGUAACGAGUUACGGCAUCGCAGCAUACUGCACCGUCACCUAAAUAUUUGAGCGCAUUUGGCGCGUUUCGACGUAGUUUGAGCCUUUUCACGAUUUUUGAUACCACCUCACAGCGUCCAUGAGCCGCAUCACGAGCAGUAAUUUCAACCUACACGCAUUUUGGCGUACUUGUACAUCACAACAUCACGACUAAGCGAGAAUAUUACUAUCCGCACUAUCUUGGCAACAUUUAUAGAUUCAUUUACGAUGCACAUAACAAAU